CUCAUCAUCACCUGACUAUUCCAACUUUGGAAGUUAACCAAUCUUCUCUCUCCAAAACUCCUUUUUUUUCUCCCGUAGAGAGACUAGAAAGAGAAAGUAGAGAGAGAAACCGCCAUACUUGCUGCACUCGAGUGUUCUGUUGAUUGAAUCUACUGUCAAAAUAUCAAGCAUAGAGCAAAUGCCAUCACUAAGUAUGAAGAAUUGUGUGAAAGAGAAAACUUGUUUGCGUUUGUGUCACAAAUCAAGGACAAUAUCUAAAAGUUCGAACGUCAAAACUUGUCAGAGCUGCCCGGAAGUGUUCUCUAGCUGUGGAUUAAAUAACCAAAACACUGGAAUUGUAAGAACCGCCAACUUUGAUGAGGGGCAAAGUGAUGAAGGCUUCUUCAAGCAUCAUUUAGUCAAGUUUUCCAUUGGUUCUGCUAUGAUCGAGGGAAUGGAAUCAUCCUCGGUCUCAUGCUCGACAAACUUCGGGACUAUUUUCUCGCCCACUUUAUGUCAAAUUGAUGUUCGAGAUGUACCAAACACUAAUGAAAAUUCAGGAGUCAAUAUUCAUCCAGAAUCAUUCACUUCCAAUAUGGCUGAUGAAAGUAAUGGUAACAGUGGAAGUUUAUUUGACAACCAAGGUUCGGACCUAUCAGAUCUUAUCAGUUUGGACUGGAUUCCUUUAGGUUCAGAAUUUGAUGAUAUUGCUGAGAAACGUGUUCUCCCUGGACAUGGUACUGCAGAAUCAAAUAACUUCUUUGAUAGUACUGAUAGACACAUGGCGUUGCCCUUCUUGAAUGAUUCAGUGGAUUAUUUGAGCGAUAUGCUCUUACAACCAUCUGAAGACUCUAAUAAUUCAGACUUUUUGUACCCUUUAUCUAUUCAUGAGUUUCUCCUCAGCAAACAAGAAGCAGAUUGUGCUAGUUUUGACCCUGAUGAGGGACAAUAUUUUGAUCCGUACUUUUUUAUAAACUUGCCUGACUUGUCAGAAAUUGUGCCUAGUACCCGGCCGACUAUGUUGCCUAAGAAAUCACGAGAAUCCAAGUCGAUAACUUUGGUACUAGAUUUAGAUGAAACCCUUGUCCACAGUUCUUUGAAGCAUUGUGAAAAUGCCAAUUUUAGCUUUACAUAUUGGUUGAACAUGAAAGAACAUACUGUAUAUGUAAAAGAAAGGCCUCACCUUCGAACUUUUUUGAAGAAAGUAGCAGAAAUGUUCAAAAUUGUUAUUUUCACUGCUAGUCAAAGCGUUUAUGCAGAGCAACUUUUGGACAUACUAGAUCCUGAUGGGAAGCUUAUCUCUCACCGAGCUUAUCGUGAAGCAUGCAUUUUCGCUGAUGGCACCUGUACUAAAGACUUGACAGUUUUGGGUUUUGAUCUUGCCAAAGUUCUGAUUGUAGAUAACACUCCUCAGGUUUUCAGAUUACAAAUCAAUAACGGAAUUCCAAUAAAGAGCUGGUAUAAUGACCCUUCAGACAAUGAGCUAAUGUCUUUGAUCCCAUUCUUGGAGACCUUGACUGAUGUCGAUGAUGUACGCCCUCAUAUUGCUAGAAGAUUCGGUAACAAGGAAUAAGAGUCCCUUGUUUCAUCUAGAGUUAAACCUCUCAUUAGCCCAUUCAUCACCCCAUUUUUGCAAAAGCAAGAAACCAUUCAAAUGCCCCAUUCUCAUUUAUCCUUCUAUUUUUUAUUUGAUUUUUUUUAUAAUUUUCGUAAAAUAAAUUAGCUUUUCUGCUUAAGGUAGGUUUACUGUCUGGAAUAUUUUCUUUUCCUGGGUAUAUUGUGAUUCGUAUCGUUCCAGGAUUAUCUUUGUACAGUUAUAAGAUACUUAUUUUGCUUGAAACUGUAAAUGAUUCGGCUAUUCUCCUUAUUCUCAUGCUUGAAUAUAAUUAUUUCAGGCAUAGUUAUACUGAUGUGUUGCUGUUAUAUUUUUCUUCAAUCGGAUUAUUUUUCUUAAAUCAAGUCGAAUUAGGGUUUAAUUCAAUCUGAAUUGUCAUGCCUACACUAAAGUAUAUACAAACAAGAAUUGCAACAAACAAUGAAGACUACCAGCCUUCGUUGGAUAUAAAAUUGGCAAUUUUAGAACUUAACGCAAUGUUGUAUCUUUGAUUUCACUUAUGUUCGGAUUAAUAAUUACUCAAAAAUCAAAACAUAAACAAAAGUUUUUCAGUAUUGGUUACUCA